AAGGCCGGUGUUUUUUUUUUCCGUGACCGCCCCGUCGCCCACAAAAUGGUACGUGCCGAUGUUGAAAUUCCGAGAAUUGAGUAGCUCAGUUUCUUAGAACUGGAUUCGCAGAAGUGGAGUGGCUCGGAUUUUCGAGGAAACUUUUUACAAGCAUGGCGAUGACUGCAAAUGGGUGUGUUCAAUUUACGCGCCAUGCAGGUGACGUCCUGCUCAACUUUAACCGCCUCCGCAGCAGAAAUAUCCUGACCGACGUCACCAUUCAAGUGGACGGUCAGCUUUUUUACGCUCACAAGGCCAUCUUGGUGGCCUGCAGUGGCUUCUUUUAUUCGGUCUUCAUGAACCCCGAGAACACAAACCUCAGUGUUAUCAGUUUGGAUCCCAAAAUAGAUGCCAAGAGUUUCUCAAACCUCCUGGACUUCAUGUACACGUCUUGCCUGAACUUGACGGACAGCAUGCUGGCGGGCACCAUGAACACGGCGCUCUACCUCCAGAUGGAGCACGUGGCUGACACCUGUCACAGGUUCAUCAAGUCCAGGCCAUCUUUAAAUGUGCACGUUGAAGAGGUGCAGACCAGCAUGUUACCCCUGGCCGACCAACUCUCCACACUGAGGCCGAUCCACGUGACCGAGUUAGAUGUUAAAAACAGGUACACGGCCACAUCGCCCCCUCCUCAGGAGUGCAGGGGUUACAGCGUUUUUCGGGGCAUCAACACCUCCGGCUCCUAUCACGUGUAUGGCGAUCGCCACAUCCCCCCUGGCAAGUCCGUAGAUUCCCAACCGACGGGCACCCCAACCAGAGCAUUCUCCUUGUCCCACAAACCAUUUGUGCAAGUUCCCGGCCCCGAUGCGCCUCACAAGGAGUCUUCGGCCAUUAUCGGUUUCCAUCCCGCUAUCAUUCGACCUGCCGCCCACAUGGAGGAAGACGGCGUUCAGCACCCUCUUGCCGAUUGCCGUCGAUCGUCUCUCAGUUUUGGCAAAGGUGUGAUUUGCAGCCCUCAGAGCCCCUUGAGAUCCGACUGCCAACCCAACUCGCCCACUGAGUCGAGCAGCAGUCGAAACGCGACCCUGAGCCUCAAACAGCCACCGGAUUGCCACAAAGAAGCCAAGGUCCGAAACUGGAAGAAGUACAAAUUCAUCGUGAUGAACCAAAACCCAGAGAGCAAGGAAAUGGAUGCUCCGAGAAGCAGUCCUGAAAGCGGAUCUCCUUCGCGGAGUCCGUGCAGGAGUGGCGGAGACCAAAGGGAAUCCCAAACGGAAGAAGCAGCCGGUGAACACAGGGAAGAAAACGCCACGACUGUUGAUGGCCGCCACAAAUGCUCCUCGUGCGGUUGCGACAGCCCCCAACAGAUGGAGGCCACUCACCUCUUUCCCAACUCUUACUGCGGAGACUCAAAGUUCUCGCUGUCGAGCUGCGAGGGCUUCCUCGAAGACGACUGCCCCAAAGACCACGCGGCGCAGGUCCACAGAAAGAAGCCGUACAAGUGUGACUGUUGCCAGGCUGCCUUCCGCUACAAAGGCAACCUGGCCAGCCACAAGACUGUUCACACAGGUGCAAAGCCGUACUGCUGCAACAUCUGCGGGGCUCAGUUCAACCGGCCAGCUAAUCUGAAGACCCACACCCGCAUCCAUUCUGGGGAGAAGCCAUACAAGUGCGAUACAUGCGGCUCCAGAUUUGUCCAGGUUGCCCACCUUCGCGCCCACGUGUUAAUUCACACAGGAGAAAAGCCAUACCCUUGCGAAAUCUGCGGGACUCACUUUCGCCACCUACAGACGCUCAAGAGUCACAUGCGCAUUCAUACCGGAGAGAAACCUUACCAUUGUGAAAAGUGUGACCUCCACUUCAGACACAAGAGUCAGCUGAGGCUUCACCUCCGACAGAAGCACGGCGCCAUCACGAACACCAAGGCGCAGUACCGCCCGGCAUCCGGCAGCCUGCCCUGCUGAGUUGCAACCCCCCUCCAUCGGCCAAUGUAUUGUAAACAAACAAAAGAAGAGUUUUGUAAUCCAAAGAACCAGAUUUUGUCAAUGUUGGACUAUUUUUAAGUAUUUCAGAGUUUAUUCUUGAAAACCUCAACUGAAUGUACAUUGGGACUGUGAAUUUGAACACAUUUUUUUUUUCUUUCCAACACAACAUGACUUGUUACAGUUCGCUCCAGUAUUGAUUCAAGUUUGGCCGCCAACGUCAUCACUUUUGUUGUAAAUAUGAUUGCCAUCUGCUGGCAGAGCGUGGAAAGGUUUUCAUGCCCACUGAGCUUUUACUGAAGGACAGUGACAAUAAGAGGCUUUGUUUUGGUCACGUUUGGUACUUUUUGUGUACAGAUUGACAUCCAUUUGUAUUUUCCUUUGUAUGUACAGUACAAUCUUUUCAUAAGCCAUCGUUGGUAUUUUGCACACAUAUUGCUGAUAUUCAGAAAGUCUUCAGACUUUUCAGAUAUACUUGUUUUUCCCUUGUUACUAACAUGUUGAGAUGUUCUCAAAAGCAUGCCCCCUGCCCCUGA